UUUUUUUUCUUUUUUGCCUUGUAAAAUUAAAAAAGAUGCAUCAAACUAGACAGUUCGCCAAGAGAAGGCCUCAAUCGCCUAUGCUUAAUCAAUCACAAGCUGUAGAAGGUCUGCAAGUGGGUGUUCAAAAAAUACCUCGAAGUGGUCUUGCUAUCCAAAGUAAUGCUCCUAUUCACACAAGAACAUUUAAGGCUGAGCAGGAUCAUGUUCCAGCUCAAGAAAAAUCUUUCUAUGAGUCUGUUAAGCACGAAACUCAUCACUUUCAACAGGAAAGUGACUCUAAUCACGGACAUGAUCACUAUGGACAUGCUGAAAGUCAUGACAACCAUCAUCACCAUGAAAACAGGCUUCAGGAACCAAUCCAUAUUCAUGACAACCAUGGACAUCAUCAUAAUCAUCAUCACGGUCACCAUGGGCAUAACCAUGACGACUUCAGCCAUGGUGCUCAUCAUCAUGAUCAUCACGAUCACCAUGAUCAUCACGAUCACCAUCAUCAUGGUCAUCAUGAUUACCAACAUAGCCAUAGUCACGCGAAUUUUCCACAAGUCUAUACCCAACCUUUGCCUUCUUUUGCUUCCAUUUUUGCAACACUUGUACCUUCUCAAAAAGCAACGUUUACUUGUUUUAUCCUUCAUUUCAUGAUUGGUAUCCUUGUAUGGUGGUCUGGUAUUGUCAGAGAAAGUCUUGCUGUUGUUGGGUUCUCUUAUCUUGUCUUGUUUGAUGCAUUUGGCACAUUGAAUAAUUUUAUUUCCAGUGUGCUUCAAUCGAAUCCUGCAUUUAACACUGUUAGUACUAAAAGGCCAUUUGGUGUGCGUCGAUUUGAGAUUGUAUUUGCACUUGCAAAUACUAUUUUCUUAUUGUUUGGUACAAUGUAUACCACAAAGGAAUCAUUAGAGCAUCUAUUGCUUGAGAAUCAUCAUGCUGCGGGAGACCAUCAUGCUCAAAGUUAUCCUUUUGGACUCUUGCUUGUCUUGCUUUUGGCUAUAGGCGCCUCUGUUUUCUCUCAUGCCAGUCUAAAGAACCAUGAAAACUUGGUGAAUCUCACGAAGAAAUUACCUCAGACACAACAAGACUAUGGUUAUUAUGAGGUUAAAUCAUUAUCCAGCAACAGUAACCUUGCAGGAUCCUUAGCAACCAAUAUGUAUUCUUCCUCUAUUAUGGGCAGUGGUCUGAUUAUCUUUUUGAUGUAUUUAGUUGGACUAUCAUCCUCUACAUUUGAAAAGACCAUUGCCUUUGUAGAAGCUGCUCUUAUGUUCUAUUUGGGUGCACCUACUGCUGCUGCUUUAGCCAGGGUGUUAUUACAGACCAUGCCAGACAGUUUGAUAGGUAAUAUUGAACUCAAGCUUCGACUUAUUCAGCAAGUACCUCAUGUUAUCUCUGUCGAUAAAGUACAUUUCUGGCAAAAUGCGUAUGGUACAUUGAUUGGUACACUUGAAAUUCAUGCAAGACCUGAAGCGUAUGAAGAUGCUAUUAUCAAUGCUAGUUUCGAUAUUAUAGAGCCUAUGGUACAAGAAACCGGAGGCGAGUUAACUAUUAGUGUAACGAAAAUGUAAAAGCAUUAUUAUCUCCUUAAAUGAAAAUUUUCGUUGAAGCGCCGUCACAAAAUUUUCGGUUCCCAGCUGAUACAUCAUGCUUGAAAACUAUAAAUGAAGCCUU